CCCAAAUACUGGCCAAUGGUUACCACACCGUCCCUGAAGGAGCGCUGAAGUAGGUCACACACAACACACACACACACACACACACGCUACACACACACACACACACACACACACGGCACAUUUACACGCGCGAGCACAAGGACCGAGGCUCAAAAGCAGCAGCAGCAGCGGAACAAAACACAGAGACUGGAGCGCCGGAGCGACGCAGAUAAACAGCAGCGGCAGUAAAGAGCGGGAAGGCGGCGCUGCUGUUUUGGUGUUUUUUAUGGGCUGUGUUUUUGGUGCUGCUGGUGUUUUGGUGCUGAGUACUGGUGAGAGGAGGGAGGCGGGUCAGCGGAGAGCCGCGCGCUCCGGGUCUGCUGUAGUUACAGUCCUCGGUGAGGGAUAUUAUUUACGGUAUUUUGUCUCCAUGGGUCGGCAGCGCGGUUCGGACCGGCGCGGUACCGGGCAGAAGUUUCGCUGAGCCGCGGCAGAACCCCGAGCACUGACCGGCCGCUGAACCGCCGAGGAGACGCGGGGGUCCGGAUGCAGGAACAUGGUGGUGAGAGGCAGGGCACCGGCAGUGCCCAGGUGGGUUUGUCUGCAGCAGGACGGAGCAACAGUGUGGGUGCGGCCCCGGUGGAGGACAUGCAGGCUCUGUCCAUCACUGCUAUCUCUGCCACUGAGGUGGAACAGCAGUAUGAGCUGAUCGGUCCAUUAGGGAAAGGCACAUAUGGCAGAGUGGACCUGGUGGCUCACCGCACGCAGGGCACAAAACUGGCUCUGAAGUACGUGAGUAAGAGCAAGACCAAGUUACGAAGUUUUUUGAGGGAGUACAGUCUGACAGCGGCGCUGGGCUGCAGUCCCUUUAUCAUUAAAGUUUUGGACAUUCUGUUUGAGACAGAAGAAAGCUAUGUGUUUGGCCAGGAGUAUGCACCUGCCGGAGACCUGUUUGACAUUAUUCCUCCUCAGGCUGGUUUGCCGGAGGACAUGGUGAAGCGCUGUGUGCAGCAGCUGGGCUUGGCUCUGGACUUCAUGCACAGUAAAAGUCUGGUGCACCGGGACGUGAAGCCAGAGAAUGUGCUUCUUUUUGACCGCGAGUGCCGACGUGUCAAGCUGGCGGACUUCGGCAUGACACGGCGUGCGGGCAGUCGGGUCAAGCGGGUCAGCGGCACCAUCCCAUACACGGCUGCUGAGGUGUGCCAGGUCACCGGAUCGGAGGGCAUUGUUGUUGCGACCACCCAGGACGUGUGGGCGUUUGGCGUGCUCCUGUUCUGCAUGCUCACUGGCAACUUCCCCUGGGAGGCAGCGUUACCCAGCGAUGCCUUCUACGCCGAGUUCCAGCGCUGGCAGAGAGGGGCUUGCCCACCGGGUGCUGUGCCCUCACAAUGGCGCCGCUUCUCCGACGACGCCCUGCGCAUGUUCGGCCGCCUGCUGGCGCUGGAGCCCGAGCGCCGCUGCGGCGUCAAGGAGGUCUUCUACUUUCUCAAGUACGACCUGCUGACCCACCAUCGCCGCAGAGCUUCCUGUAGAGCCUCCAGGGGUUUGGCUACACGUGGCACCGCCCACAGACACGCAGAGCCCUCCCCCCCACCGGGCACAACCUGCCUGCGACCCACUCCUCUCAAACGUAGCAUCCUGUCAGAGCCGCACUCCUCAAGGGAGGAAACUUCUAAAAGCCCCUCCCCCAAUCGGCAGGACAAGAGUAAGAUGGUUAUGGCCACGCCCAUUGAAAUCUGCGUAUGAAACUACCCGUUCCUUCCAGCUUUAGAAGAGGAUUGCUCAGUGCCAAAAACUGCAAAGAGUCGGCCCUCUGCUCCUUUCACGUCAUGCAAUUCGUAAAGGGAUUUCCAGCACUGACCCGCAGAACUGUAGCUUGCGCUUGAAAGACGCUUAAGGGCAGAUUUACUAAAAGAAGUGGACGUUUUUGGAGAGCAAAUCUAAUGUAGCUUGAAAGAACUUCCAAAUUUAGGCUAUAUUUACAUGUUUUUGUUUGGCUCACAGUCCAUUUCUGCUUAAUAAGAGAUCUUUUUUUUUUCAAAUUAGGAUUCAAACUUAGUAAAAUUAGUAAAAAUGUUCUUUAUUGCUCUUUGUGAAAAUAUGUGAUAAGUUUGCUUUUAUUUGAGAAAAAAAGAAAUAUUCCAACAUCAAUCAAAUAUUUCAGUUCAUAUUUUUUAUUCUUUUUGUUUCAAAACAUUUCCAGCUAGUGGUUUGUGUUAAACUUUCAGGUUUUUCUUAUUUACUUACGGUCACCCCUGGUAAAUCCAGUAGGUGAUUUAAUUAUUGUUAUCUACGCUAUGGAUCUAGCCAUAUUUUAAUAGUUCGAGUGUCAGCCUAAUUUUGCACCAACACUUUGUUUUUUCCUCUCUAGCAGAGCUCCCUCUAUUAUCUCCUAGACUUCAUUAACAAACUUUAUUCACAGACAGUAAGUAAUAGAACAGUUUCUGAUCUACAUUUUGGAAUUAUUUUACAGUGGAAUAUUAAAAUGUAGCAGCAAAUAUAUGGUUUUAGAGCUUUGUUUUCUACUGUUUUUGCUCUUGCAACCAGAAUCAUUCCAGUUUUUUUGAACUUGUGAAAUAUUGUGUUCUAUUCUAUCCAUGUGUGGAAUUAUGGCUGGUUAGAAAUGCUACAAAAAAUGGAAAUGUUAUAAGCCAAUAUUUAGCAUUAAGGUACUUUGAUCAGGAUAAACAAACUGGAUCAGGGUACUGAGCUUUGAGGGUAAACUGCUAUAAAUUCAAGCAGCAUUGAUCGUAUGGGUGGUAAAGGGCUGUUUGGCUUGUUUAGUAAAUUGAAAAUGUCAGGUUUUAACACCAGAACAGGUUGCCAAAUGUUAGUAAAUCCUCUCCACAAGCUGACGUUAGCUUGAGGUUGGAUCUUAUUGGAAUAUGUGCGAUUAUAUUGGGCGUUAUUAACACAGAACAAUUCUGUGCUUAAAAUGUGUUAUAAAUCUGAUGUAGAACAAAUUUAAGAAAAUAUUAAAGAUAUUGUUGGCUUAAGACCUAAUGCAAGUCUAAUGCUUCCUCUUCUGAACAGGAGCAAGUUAUAAUAGGAGAUAGCACUUUUAGGACAGUUUUAAAGAAGUUUUAAAAUGUUCAGUCUCUCCACCGAUUUAAUGUGUCUUCUGACUUUUUACGUUUCUUUGGACUUCCAGCAAAUCAUCAUCAUUUUAAAGUUACAGUGAAGAGCGUUUUCUGAGGAGGCCCUCUCCCUGUCAUGUGACUCAUUCAGCCAGCCUAUCCAGGGGCCAGUGAUCUCAGAAGCGUUUUCACAAAUGGAACCAUGUGAUGAACAGGAAACGUAUACUCUUUGGUUCAAUGAGAACUCAGUACCAGAGAAACACCAUGAGGACCCCACAUAUACUGGACACUGCAUCACUCUCCUUCACCAGGACUUGUAUAUGAUAAAGCAUCUGUAGAUGACAGGGAUUCUUCUUAUGUAUGUGUGUGUGUGUGUGUAUGUGUGGGACUGUAAGUAUGUAUGUGUGUAUUUAAUAGUUCUAUACAAGCACAAGCUUUCUAUAAAUCAUGUAAGGAUCUGUUUGGACUGUGGUUAAGAGAGAUGAUCAGAUUAUGUCUGGUUGUAAUGAGCCAACACCAGUAGUCUUGUACGUGUAAAAUGCUGUGAAGAUGCUACAAAGGGUUCCUUCUUUGAUCAAAACUGAGAAAUGUCUUUUUUAAUCAAAACUGAAACCAGAACAAAUGAAACCUAUUGGCUAAAGGCUGAAUACUCAACAGGUUUUUUUCCUCAAAAUUUUGAUUCUUUUUUGCCAUUUUGCCAUUUUCGUCUAUACAUAACCUCCCAGCAGACCUACCAGCAAAGCACAAUAUGAUUUCAAAUAAAUUAUUCACGAUUAGUACACAUUUUUGGUGCAUCCUGUAUAUGCCAUUUCUGUAAAAUAAAUACAUGUUUGGACCUAUUUAAUAGUAAAAAGCCAUUUUGAGAUCUAAGCGCUGCCACUAUGAUCGGUCAGAUCGCUGGUUCGAAUCCUGUUAUGUAGCUUGCCAUCAGCUGCCGGAGCUCUGAGAGAGCACAAUUGGCCUUGCUCUCUCUGGGUUGGUAGAUGGCGCUCUCUCUCCCCUCAUCAUUCCAAAGGGUGAUGUCACUCAGCACAGGGCGUCUGUGAGCUGUGAUGCUACUCGGCAAUGCUGCAUCAGCAGCAGUUUGAAAAGAGGUGGUGGUUGACUUCACAUGUGUCGGAGGAGGCAUGUGCUAGUCUUUACCCUCCUGGUGUGUUGAGGUGGAGUCCUAGGGAAGUCCUAAUAAGGGGAGUCCUAAUAAGUGGGAUGGGUAAUUGAAGAGAAAAAAAAUAGGGGAGAAAUGGGAGUCCGAGAGAGCCCAAUUGGUCUUCGUGAGUGGGUGGGUUGAAUUGGUUCUGCUAAAUCUAGGAGAAAACUGAGUAAAAUGUUUAAAGAAGUCAAUGUUUUUGUACCAUUUACCAAUUUAAAGGUUCUUCACACUACAAUUUGUAAUUUGUGAAUUCUUUGUAGCACCUUUAACAUUUUUUGCAUUCUCUAAGCAUGAUUUGGAGGUCAGUGUUUGCUGGAGCACUCACUGUCAGUGUGUUUGAUCAGGUAGUACCACUAUGUAGCUUAUUUUUUAUUUUUAAACCAGAAGAAAGACUUUAUUAAUUAUAUUCUGCACAGAAGUGAACUGUAGUAGCCUGGACAUUAGUUUCUAAAGCUUUGAAUGGUGGAGUACUGUUAAACUUUUAGUAGUUAGAAUAUUUGGGUGAAAACACAAAGCUGUAAGGGUUUUAAAGCACUGACACUAAUAAGAAUAGUUUGAAUAAAUGUAGCACAGGGGUAAAUGGGAACAAAAAGUGGGUGCAGGGGUUGGGGUGAAUGGGCUAUGAUGCUGCUGUAUUGUAUUAUACAGCUUUAUAAUACACAUUAUUAAACUGAACCCAUGAAGGGCCCAUGUCUUUA